AUGGCGAGCACACAAAGGUUGAGCCGUGUCCUCCUCUCCGACCAGGGUAUCGCCAUGCUCACGCUGCUGCUGGUGCUGGUGCUGCCGGCGAGCCAUGCGCGCGUGUGCCCGCCGUGCGGCUCGACGGCCGUACCGUACCCGCUCAGCACGGGCGACGGCUGCGGCGACCCUGCGUACAAGGUCCGGUGCGCCGCCAACUCGUCGCUCCUGUUCGACGCGCUGAACGGCACGUCAUACCCGAUCACGUCCAUCACCCCCGCGGCGCAGCGGCUGGUGGUCUCCCCGGCGCCUUUCGUGUCGCAGCCGCAGGGCAGCUCCCUGUGCGUGUCGGAGGGCGCGGCGGCGGGGCGCGGGGUGCAGCUGAACGCGUCGCUGCCGUUCAACGUGAGCUCGUCCAACACCAUCAUGCUACUCAACUGCACCAAGGACCUGCUGCUGUCGCCGCUCAACUGCUCCGCCAACUCGCUCUGCCACGUCUACGCCAACGCCACGGGGUCCACGGCGUCGGCGUGCGCGCCGCUGCCGCUCUGCUGCACCUUCGUGGCGGGGGGCUCCUCCACCUCCUACAGCAUCCGGGUGUCGCCGCGGUUCUGCAGCGCGUACCGCAGCUUCGUGGGGCUCGACGCGACGCAGCCGCCGGACACGUGGGGCAGUCGCCUCGGGCUGGAGCUGCAGUGGGCGACGCCCAGGGAGCCGCUCUGCCGCACGCAGGCUGACUGCGAGGACGGCGCCAACGCCACCUGCGCCGACGACCCGCUCACGCCCUCCGGCGCCGGCGCGGUCCGCCGAUGUUUCUGCGUGUCUGGGCUCACGUGGAGCCCCCUCGCCGGCGCGUGCCAGCAGAAUCCCUCGGAUUGUCAGAUCGCCGGGGACUGCGGAGGAUCCAACCAUGCGCCUCUCAUUGCAGGGCUGGUGUGUGGCCUCGGCGGCACGUUGUUGGUUGCCACUGCGGGGUUGUUCGUCUACCACCGGCAGCGGCGCAUCCGGCUCGCCCGAGAGAGGUUGGCCAAGGAGCGCGAGGAGAUCCUGAACGCCAACAACACGAGCGGGCGCACCGCCAAGAACUUCUCCGGUCGCGAGCUGAAGCGCGCCACGGGCAACUUCUCCCGCGACAACCUCCUUGGCACCGGUGGCUACGGCGAGGUCUACAAGGGCGUGCUCGGCGACGGCACGGUCGUGGCCGUCAAGUGCGCUAAGCUCGGCAACACCAAAUCCACGGACCAGGUCCUGAACGAGGUGCGCGUGCUGUCGCAGGUGAACCACCGCAGCCUGGUGCGCUUGCUCGGCUGCUGCGUCGACCUGGAGCAGCCGCUGAUGGUGUACGAGUUCAUCCCCAACGGCACCCUCGCCGACCACCUGUACGGUUCCAUGAGCCGCCCACCGCUCCGGUGGCGCCAGCGCCUGGCCAUCGCGCGCCAGACGGCGGAGGGCAUCGCGUACCUGCACUUCGCGGCCUCGCCGCCCAUCUACCACCGCGACAUCAAGUCGAGCAACAUCCUCCUGGACGACCGGCUCGACGGCAAGGUCUCUGACUUCGGUCUGUCCCGGCUGGCGGAGCCAGGGCUGAGCCACGUCUCCACCUGCGCGCAGGGGACGCUGGGGUACCUGGACCCGGAGUACUACCGCAACUACCAGCUCACGGACAAGAGCGACGUCUACAGCUUCGGCGUCGUGCUCCUCGAGCUGCUCACGUCCAAGCGCGCCAUUGACUUCGGCCGUGGCGCCGACGAUGUCAACCUCGCCGUGCACGUGCAGCGGGUGGCGGACGAGGAGAGGCUCAUGGACGUCGUGGACCCGGCGAUCAAGGAGGGCGCCACGCAGCUCGAGCUCGACACCAUGAAGGCGCUCGGGUUUCUAGCGCUGGGAUGCCUCGAGGAGCGCCGGCAGAACCGGCCAUCCAUGAAGGAAGUCGCAGAGGAGAUUGAGUACAUCAUCAACAUCGAGGCUGGUGGCCAUCCCAUCGAGCAGCAGCUAGCGUAG